AUGGGCCUCAUCCUCCGUCGCCGGCCUCACGCCCCCCAACCCAAAACCCCCAACCCAAUCCCCGAAAACGUCGUCGAGCAAUACCUCCUCCUAACCAACAUCCUCCAAGACGCCGGUCUCACCCCAGCCGACCAAGCCACCUGUCUCACCAAAUACCGCGCUGUCUUCUCCCCCGACUCCCUCAACGCACUGGCGAAGUCUGAUCCGUUAUUCGCGGGUAUCAAUACCGGCGUUACUAGCCGACUUGCAACCGAUGCCCAGCUGGCACCUUUGACGGGCAGCGGUGGUGCCGACACGAAGCCCGAGGCAGAGAAUAGCGCUCUUCGCCGCGCUAAGACUGUGGCUAACGCCCAGUUGGACAUGCUCUACUACCCCGACCUCACCCACGGCGAAAAAGGCUGGAUCACCGUCCUCUUGCACGCGCUAGCCGCCGAUCUUAAAGCUUCUCACUCCACCGAUUUCAAAACUGCCCACCCCGAGGCGGUUGUAGCUCAGCACCCCGAAGCGUGGAUCCACCGCCCGGAUUGUGCCAUCUGGUUGGGUAUUAUGGCGCGGUUAAGGGUGGUGUUGUUUUCGCAGGGGGGUUGGGAGGGUGUGUCGGGGGAAGUUAGGGAGGGGUAUAAGAGGGGGUGGAGGGGGGUUUUUGGGUUGCCUUUGGAGGAGGAGGGCUUGGUAGUGGGGGGCGGUCAGUGGAGGGAGGGGGGUGAGAGGAAGAUGCGGUGGGCGGAUGUUGUUAAGGUUGGGUCGGGGGGUGCUCUGAAGGCUGAGGAAGGGGUUGGUACAAACACAAAUACGCCUGCGACUGCAACGACUACCGGGCCGUUCUUGACGAAGAGCUUCUUUGCGCAGCAGACGUGUCAUUCGACGUAUUUGGGGUGGUUGAAGCAGGAGCCGGGGGCUGCGUAUGAGAUGCAGCGGGAGCUGAGGAAGUAUUUGGGCUUGCCGCUGACCUUUAGGGGUUCUUCCCCCAAGGCCAGGACUCCGUGGAAGGGGAAUGGCAAGAAGAAGCAGCGGUCGGAGACGAAGGUUGGGGAUGAUGGUUGGAGUCGGGUGGAUAGGAAGACUACCUAG